AUGGACUUGCUCUACCCAGCUGGUGUUGACAUGCAAUUGUGCGGGUGCGGGGUUGUAUACCUUGUAGCAAUGUUCCUGAUUAGACAGAAUAUUCGACUAACAUGGUUGGAGCCCAAAUUGGGUCCCGGUAUGGUCAACAAACGAGCACAGGUAGAGGCAGGAGGAGUGAUUUCGGGUGACGGGAAAAAUAGAGAAACAGUUACAGAACAAGUGGUUAAGGAGGUUGCAGGAGUGUCUUUGUCUUCUACUAUGUUUUCUGUUGUCACAUCCACCUUAGGGUGGAAGUACAAGCGUCGUCCUCCUGGAACAGUCUGCAGCAUUUUUACACACCGGGACAAAGUCAAGCCCAAGACAGCCUGCUUCGAUGCCAUGCAGAUUGCUGGACGGGGAGCGCCAACGACAACGUAG